CUGUCCGUGUGUCCCUCCCGCGCCCGGGGGGGCUGUCUGUCCGUGUGUCCGUGUGUCCGUCUGACGCGGCGCUCUCCGCAGGCGGGCUGCGUGCACUUCCCGCACACGGCGCCCUGCGAGGUGCGCGUCCUCAUGCUGCUCUACUCCUCCAAGAAGAAGAUCUUCAUGGGCCUCAUCCCCUACGACCAGAGCGGCUUCGUCAACGGCAUCCGCCAGGUCAUCACCAACCACAAGCAGGUCCAGCAGCAGAAGAUCGAGCAGCAGCGCGGCUUGGGGGGCUCAGCCCCCGUGCCCGGCGCCCCCUCAUUCCUACCCAAACAACCGGGGACCCUCCCCGUGACCUCGGGGGUGCAGCCGCAGAUGACGGGGCAGCAGGUGAGCCCGGGCAUGGCCACGGUGGGCAUCAUGGAGGAGCAGCAGCGGCAGCAGAGCCUGUUACAGCUCCGAGCCCAGCAGCAGGCAGCUGCCAGCCAGCAGCAGGCGCAGCCCCCCCCGGCCCCCCCCCGCCGCCCCCGCGCCCCCCCGGCCCCCCCAAACCCGGGGCCCCCCCAACCCGGCCCCCCCCAACCCAACCAAGCCGGGGGGGGCCCUGCUGCGCCCCCAAAACCCGGGCGCCAACCCCCAACUCCGCAGCCUCCUGCUGAGUCAGCAGCCGCCGCAGGGGGGGGUCCCCCCGCCCCCCGCGCAGCCCCUCCACCACCUGCAGGCGCUGCCGCACCAGGCGCUGGGGGGGGGGCAGCUGCCGCUGCUGCACCCGCCCCCCCCGGGGCAGGCCUGGCCCGGGCAGCUCGGGCCCCCCCGCGCCCCCCUGCCAGGUCAGCUGCUGCUGCCCCCCGGCCCGCGGGGUCCCGUCCCCCCGGGGGGGCUGCAGCCGGUGCAGGCGCCCAGCGUGAUGGAGGAGGACAUCCUCAUGGACCUCAUCUAGGGGCGCCCGGCCCCCCCGCGGGGACCCCGGCCCCGCCCCCCCGGGGGCCCCGCCCCGCCCCGCCCCGGGGGGGCCCCGCCCCGCCCCCCGCCCCCCAGCUCUGCUCUUUAGAGCUGGGGGGGUUGCACUCAAUAAAUGGACUGGGAGAGAACUGGGAGCGGAGCUGGGGACUGGCG